AACAGGGAGGAAGAGGAGGAGGAGUGAAACAGACCUGCUCUGUACUGUUCAUGUUCUCUCUCAGUGUCGUUCAGCGGCUCGUCAGAUCACGACCAGCUCUCUGACUGGAACCUGCUUGCAGCUCAUCUCACCUGGGGAAGGUUUUUUUUUUUAUUUCAUUAUUCCUGAACCUGGAAGCUGUUGCUCUCAAGAGGAGUCCUACUCUAAGGUGACAACAUGCUGAAGCAAGUCGUUGCGUUCAGCAGCUCCUUGGUGCGCAGGAAAGUGGUGGACAUGAACAGCUUGGAGGACUCCAAGCUGUGCCGCUGCCUGGGAACUGUGGACCUCAUUGCCCUGGGGGUGGGCAGCACCCUGGGGGCCGGGGUCUACGUGUUGGCCGGAGAGGUGGCCAAGGGAAACUCGGGCCCCAGCAUCGUCAUCUCCUUCCUCAUCGCCGCCCUGGCCUCCGUCAUGGCCGGCCUGUGCUACGCUGAGUUUGGGGCCCGCGUCCCCAAGACCGGUUCUGCUUAUCUCUACAGCUACGUGACGGUGGGGGAGAUCUAUGCUUUCAUUACUGGCUGGAACCUAAUCCUGUCUUACGUCAUUGGUACGUCCUCCGUUGCCAGAGCUUGGAGUGGCACGUUUGACGAGAUGAUUGGCGGACACAUUGAGGUUUUCUGCAAGACCUACUUCAGCAUGAACUCUCCUGGCUUGGCUCCGUAUCCCGACUUCUUUGCCGUGUUCCUCAUUCUGCUGCUCUCUGGGCUCUUGUCUUUUGGAGUGAAGGAAUCGGCCUGGGUCAACAAGAUCUUCACUUCAAUCAACGUGCUCGUCCUCUUGUUUGUCAUCAUUUCUGGCUUCGUCAAAGGAGACACACACAACUGGAAGAUAACCGAAGAAUCUCUCAUCAAUAUCACAAUCGUCACAAGGAACUUUUCGGAAACUUGCAACGUGAGCAGUGACUAUGGCGUUGGCGGCUUCAUGCCCUACGGCUUCAGCGGGACGCUAGCCGGAGCCGCCACCUGCUUCUAUGCUUUUGUCGGAUUUGACUGCAUUGCAACGACAGGAGAGGAGGUGAAGAACCCCCAGAGGGCCAUUCCCAUCGGCAUUGUGGUGUCACUGACUGUAUGCUUCUUGGCGUACUUCGGUGUCUCUGCUGCGCUCACUCUGAUGAUGCCCUACUACCUGCUGGAUGAGAAGAGCCCUCUCCCCAUGGCCUUUGAAUAUGUGGGCUGGGGCCCCGCCAAAUAUGUGGUUGCUGUGGGUUCACUAUGUGCCCUGUCUACAAGUCUGCUGGGCUCCAUUUUCCCCAUGCCUCGUGUAAUCUAUGCUAUGGCAGAGGAUGGGGUGCUUUUCAAAGCCUUAGCCCGAAUCAAUCCUAAGACGAAGACCCCAGUUAUUGCCACUAUGAGCUCCGGUGUAGUCGCAGCCAUCAUGGCUUUCUUGUUCGACCUGAAGGCCCUGGUGGACAUGAUGUCCAUUGGGACUCUGCUGGCCUACACACUGGUUGCCAUCUGCGUGCUCGUUCUCAGGUACCAGCCAGAUGGAGCUCUGGAGAGGCAGCCAGAGAAAGGUGAGAAGGGCUGCUUGGCAUCUGAGGAGUCCGAACUGACAGAGUCAGAGUCUCACCUGAACAUGCUGAACGGCGGCAACUCCGUCCUUCAGAGUAUCCUCCACCCUCCCCUCUUACCGUCCGAGAAGUCGUCUUCUGUGGUCAACAUGUCCAUCGCUGUCUUGGUGAUUGUAGUGUGUGUCAUCAGCUACCUCACCACCUACCACUUAAACUCAAUCGUUGGUUCGGAAGUGUGGAUUUUGGCGUUGCUCUCCGUCUGUCUCCUCAUCUUCAGCUUCUGCGUGUUCAUGAUCUGCAGGCAGCCGCAGACCACCAAGAAGGUCUCCUUCAUGGUACCCCUCCUGCCUUUCCUGCCUAUUCUGAGUAUAUUUGUUAAUGUUUACCUCAUGGUCCAGCUGAGUGGAGUCACCUGGAUACGUUUCUCUGUCUGGAUGGCUGCAGGGUUCUUGAUCUACUUCGGCUAUGGCGUUUGGCACAGCGCCGAGCGACAGCACCACCGUCAGGACGCGCACGGCAACGGCGACGCAAACCAGCUGAGCAUGAAAGCCAUCCAGGACAAGCAGGUCGAGACAAACGAGGCAGCAAAGGAGCAGGAGCGCUUCAUCAGCCCGGACAAAACCAGCCAGUGUUAAAAGGCCGCGGACUGUUUCUCACACUCCGAGAGGCAGCCGACGCAAAACGGAACAGAAACAAUCCCAAAACCAAAGGCACUCGGCGACUCGCGCCUCGACACACAUGUACAUAAUGGCUCCUUCGUGUGUACGAACCUCACUGUGGCAGAGUCAGUAUUCUGGUGAGGAGCCGCUCCGUCUCUGCGACCACAAAGACUUAGAUCCCAGAGCGCUCUCUGGACGCCAUGAAUGGAGACAAAACAAAACAAAAACAAAAACAGGACAGGUAACACACUGGAGAGUGUCAUCGUAGGGCUGCGGCCAACACAGCUUCCCAAGGGACUGGAGAUUACGAUGUUUAAAGCACAUUCUUUUUUUUCCUGCCCUUUACUCCCGUGAUGUACAAACACUUGUAUAUCAGUUUUUCUAUGUGUUCUGUGUCUUCGACAAUUUGCGUUUGAAAUUACGAAAAUGUCAGUGGAAAAUCCUCGACACGCAUUGACCUGUCGUGGAUCUCACAGUUGUCCAAACGACCGGAAGGUCGGGUGUUCCUAAUGGCGAUGGCCGGACUUUUUACCCAACGUCGCGGCGAUGCUUCCUGCGUAAUUCAGGCGAAAGACAAAUCUGUGAGGACGGAAGAUAACAGCGCGUGCAGCCGGCAGCAAGCUCUGUUUGAAAGGCGCCAAAAUGAACGAGGUGGAUAUGAAUAUGAUCACCGCGAGAGAAUACAGUGGUGAGAGGAAUCGCGCAAUAACACAAUGCUGACAUGACGAGGAUAAAAAGAAAAAAGAAAAGACAAAUCAGCAUCUCAAGUGGUGUCAAAGGUCAGACCUAAGAGGCGGGUUUUUCAAGAAGCGACAGAAAACCACAGAGGAGAAGAGGACGGUCUGGUCAUAAAGUCUCAAAUUGUGCAGUUACAUUAAAGGGUGAGAAAUGUUUUGAGACGAUUGAUUUGCAUCUGGUUUUUUCUUUUUGGUUUUGUUUUGUUUGGAUCACCGCACACUCUGGAGAGCCACUGAAUGUGCAAAGUGUCAAUUAGCUUAGUGGUGACUGACCGGAGCUGGGAAAAUGUUAAUCCUUGAAAUUAUUCAUUUUAAAUCUUCCCUGUAGUAACUAAAGUCUGUAGCUGUGGUUUCAUUAAGCACAGGUUGUUAGGUUUAUUAUUAUUAUCAUUAUUAUUAUUAUUGCUUCAGUUUCAGAACUGUUAUGAUUAGAAAAGCAGCGUGAUGUGAAGGUUUUAUGAAAGUACGUGCUUUUGUUUCAUGCUAUCGCACUAUGACAAUAUGCUGUGCCUUCUGAUAUUUUGUGCUAUUUUGAUACUUUAGUAGGUGAAUGAAAAUACACCUACUAAAGUAUUUUCAGUCCGUCAUUACAGCUUCAAAGAGUUUCUCUGGGAUGAAGGUUUAUUGGAUUUAUUGUUUGUUUGUUUUUUUUCCCUGGCCUUUUUAACGCCUCCUGUUGUGAUGUGGAAGGUUUUAGCUGAUGAUGAUGUGCAACAGCUUACCUGCACUGUCAGUAUUUUAUUUUAUUUUUCUUUCUUAAUGUUGACGAAAUACAAAAUUAAAAGAGAGGAAAAACACA